GUCGAAGAGAAGUGACUUAAUACGGAAAUUGAAAACGGAAGAAAGCAUAAAGGGCCAAAAAUGUACAAAAUUAGUACUCUGCUGUUGAGUGUUCUGCUGUGGCUUGGCUCUCCUGUUCUCGGAAGCUUCUUUCACGGCCCAUCUGCCGUGAGUGUGCCUGUGGGUGUACCAGUGCCAGUGCCAUUUCCGGUGCCUUCGCCAGUUCCGGUUCCUGCUCCAGUGGCUGUGCCCACACCUGUGGCGGUUCCUGCUCCCGUAGCUGUUCCUGUCUCGGAUACUGUGACUGUUCCAGCAGCCUUUAGUGCUCAUCAUGCCUUUGCUUAUGGAGCACCAGCUCCUCCGGCCAUCUUUAAGUACGCAACAGCUUAUGAGGCACCUCAGCCCGUUAUCAAGUAUUCCUUGGGAGCACCAGUGACCACAACAACCACCACUUACUCGGGAUUUGCAGCACCAGCGCAGGCUCAUUAUGCUCCACCGCCAGUGGCUCAUUAUGCAGCUGCCCCGCCACCAGUUGCUCACUAUGCCGCUGCUCCACCGCCACAAUUCCUAACGAGAUAUGCUGCCCCGCCAACCGGUUACCAGUUUGCAGCUCCUCCGUCCUAUGGCAGAUACAAACUCCACUUUGGGUCACCGCCUCCUCACACCCCGGCAGCUGUUUACGGAGCUCCUCAUCCUCCUUCUCAUCAUUCUCCCGUCGCCUUUAACACUCAGGGCUGGUAA